UGCUUCGCUAAAGCCUAGUUCCGUGGGAAGCAACGAGGUGUCUGUUGGCACCUUCCAUUUAGGCCUGGUGAAGACGCAGAUCUAACUGGUUAGGAUUUACCAUAGAAUGUAGCUUUGCUUCUUAUCGCCAUCCCUGCCACCACUGCCUGCUCCACUAACACCACUCACAAUGGGAGAGAAUCAGAAGGGUUUGUUCUCAGUCAUUGAGAAACUGAAGGGAACCACAGAGUUGGAAUUCCGGAUAGUUCUCCUGGGCCUGGAUAACGCUGGCAAAACAACCUUACUGAAACAACUGGCUUCAGAAGAUGUCAACACCAUCACACCUACUCAGGGCUUCAACAUUAAAAGUGUCACAUCCCAUGGCAUGAAGCUCAAUGUUUGGGACAUUGGAGGACAACGAAAGAUCCGCACUUUCUGGAAAAAGUACUUGGAAAACACAGACCUGCUGAUUUACGUCAUUGACAGCGCAGACAAGAAGAGGUUUGAAGAGACAGGGGUGGAGCUCGCUGAGUUGAUCGAGGAGGAGAACCUGAAGGGUGUGCCCAUACUCAUUUUUGCCAACAAGCAGGACCUGGCCACGGCCUCACCCGCCAGCGAGAUAGCAGAGGGACUCAACCUGCACACGUACCGCGACCGCGAGUGGCAGAUCCAGGCCUGCUCUGCAGUGUCUGCAGAGGGUGUACAGGAUGGCAUGAACUGGAUCAGCAACAACAUCGCGAAUAAGAAGAAGUGAAUGUCAAUUCAUUUUUUACUUCACUACCCCAAAACAUUUCUCCGAGCAUAAUGAAAAACAAUUUUGUAAUAAUAUUUUUUUUGUACGAAGCUCAGUGCUCAGUAUGAGAAAAAUCCAGACGUACAUUGUAGCAUUUUUGUCUGGCUUAAGAGAAUCCACAUACUAAGUUCUGAACAAACAACUAAAGAAUAAGCAGGUUGGCCAUCAGGCCUCCUUGUCUCUCCUGUCAAUAACAGGUGCUAUGUUGAGCUAAGCUGAGGCCAGAAGCAGUAUACUUCCGGGAUGUACUGGAUGUACUGUCGGAAUGAUUGACUGUCCCUUUGUAGAGGGUUCUGGAACAUUUUGAAAUGCAAGUUGAUGGAAGUAUCAGAAUUUGGAAAGUGCGGAAAUGUCCAGUAUUCUGUCUGUCAAAAUGUGAAUAGAAAAUAUGUUUAGUAGUUAUAUCUCAGGGUACAUUAACUACCCACUAUGGUGUAACCCUUUACCUAACCCAGUCCUGACCACAGUGAAAAUAGCCAGUUAUAAAUCAGAGUAGAUUUGUGAUUACACAGAAUUAUGUACAAGGCAACAUUGUAUAGAGUGUACAAUGCAAUUGUGUCUCUGCAAUGUUUGUGAAAUUAUGUGACA